AUGGCGGAGUUUCAGCAACGCCUUGGAGGGGGAGAACUGCAUCGCGCCGGAACAGUCCUUCAGCAGGCCAAAGGCGGAGUCAGAGCCGGAGCCAGAGUCAGAGUCAGAACGCUAUUCCUCCUCAUCUAUGGUACAAAAAUCCACCGCCUGCAGCCGGCCAGGUUGCUCUGUUCCACGAGAUGCCAUUUGGGGAAGCUUCCCAGAGAGAUCCGCAACAAGAUCUGGGAUUACCUCGAUGUGGGGGAUUCUGAGAUCGAUAUCACGGUGCGCAUGCGCUACCACGGCCUCGUCUACCCUCCCAGAUUUCGAUUCCGGGAAAUCAUCCGGCUCGUCGGCGUCUGCCGGCAGAUGAGGACAGAGGUCUUCCAGAUCAUCGAGAGGAGCGUCGUCUUUGUGCAACGGUCGAGCAAAUUUCUCGACGAGUCUGUUGCGCACUUACGCGGAGGGAACAUGCUCCGACGCAUUGUUACCUGUACCUGGAAGAAGAUUGAGAUCUGCGACAACCUGCCGAACCUCGUCCACUUCCAACUGAGGACCGACGAAGCCAGGCGGCACAAUCAGGUCCGAGAAUUAACGCGCGAUCUUUUGCGCUUCGGAGCAUUCCUGGUAGCGAGGCAUCGAAACCUCGACAUGCUCAUCUGGCCAGGCGACUCGGGUCAGCCGCACGAGCCAGGACAGAGAGGGGUCGUCCUUUAUAUCGACGUGACUUUGUGCAAACACUUUCGCGACAAGUGGUUGUACAGGACCACGCCGCCAAAGUACCUGAGCAAGGAGGACUGGGAGAACGACGACAUCAGCAUGGUUGAUGAUCGUUUGUUAAACGCCACGAUACUGCGACGACUUCACUUCAACGACAUCCUUGCCUUUGAAAUCGACGACUUCGUCAUCGACAGAGAGAACAACGCAACCUCGAAGAUUGACGAGGGGCAUGAUUAUUUCGCCCAAGUCGACAACGAAGGUUAUUUAACCCGAGAACGGCGCCAAGAAUUGGGCAAGCGCUACGUUCCCCGUGGAUCGACUGAUUGA